AUGGCUCCACCAGUCAGAGUCAAAUGGGCUCUUGUGAUUGGGGUCAUUUUGUGUACGUGGUCAGGAUGUGAGGAAUUCUUCAACAGAAGGUUCCGUUUUAACAACAGCAGCGGCUCCAACAACAGCAGUGGCUCCAACAACAGCAGUGGCUCCAACAACAACAGUCGCUCCAACAACAGCAGUGGCUCCAACAACAGCAGUGGCUCCAACAACAACAGUCGCUCCAACAACAGCAGUGGCUCCAACGACAGGUCCCGUUCAAACAACAGCACAGCUCCAACAAGAGGUUCCGCUCUAACAACAGCAUGGCUCGAUCAACAUUGCUCCAACAACAGCAUGGUUCCAACACCAGGUUCUGUUCUAACAACAGCAGGGCUCGAACAAGAUCAUGGCUCCAAUUAUAGCAUGGCUAGAACAACAGAUUCUAUUCUAACAACACCAUGGCUCCAACAACAUCAUGACUCCGGCAACAGCACGGCUCAAAUAACAGAUUGUUAUCUAACAACAGCAGUGGAUCCAACAACAGCAGUCGCUCCAACAAUAGCAGUGGCUCCAACAUCAAGUACCGUUCCAACAACAGCAUGGCUCGAUCAACUGGUCCUGCUGAGUAUCCCUUUAUUUAUUCUUUUAUUAUUUUAUUAUUGGGCUCGACGUUAG